CAUUUUACAAAGUAGAAUAAUUUAGGUAUUAUUUUAAAACUAACCUUCUCAACCUUGCUAUAUCUCGUUUCAGAGAAGGAUUUGUAGUUACUAGCGCCGCGUAGAUGCCGUUGAGGUUCACUCCUUGUAUGCUAACUAGCGAACUCCGUGGAGUAGCUUGAUUCUAUGUCAUCGUGCCCGACGUGCACAGAAAUCAGCUAUCGCAGAUCUCAUGAUGUCGAAUCGGCAAGCUGUGCUGUCUCUCUACCGGCGCUCGUUGAAGUUGGCCCUCGAUUGGGCUGUCCACCGAAGCUUGUGGCGCGGUCAGGCCCUAUACAUACGAUCUCUAUUUGAAGCGAACCGGAAUAUCACAGAGACGAAGAAGCAGAAGGUGUUACUCAGCGAAGCAGAGAAAUUACUCGAAACAUGGAAGCAUCCCGAUCCAUAUCGUGCCCCCACGGCCCCAGGAGGGUCGAAAUACGAAAGAAACCUGCCACCCCAUUCUACCAAUCCACCGCCACCACUCAAAUUCUAGACCUUUUGCUGAAAUAGGACGACACCAUUUCACAUCAGGCCGACCUGUACAUUACUAUCAUAACUAUGUUGCGCGAAAAGCAGGCCAGCAUUGGUCCUCAAGCGGACAGCGCGGGUCUUCUAGUUCGAACUUCAAUGGGCGGAGACGAAAGUUGUGGUCGGUAUCUCGCUAGGAAGUGAAGGAACGACCGGCCCGUAACACUGUUCAGGGCCAAGUCUCGUAGAAGUCAAAACAGCA